GCCCGAGAGCGAGCGAGAGAGAGAGAGAGAGAGAGGGGCGAUGGGUUCGUUGGGUCUCGCCUUGUCGUCUAUGGCGGCGGCGAGGCCAACGCCAUCGCUGGCCUCUUUUCCUUCCGUUCCUCUCUCCAACAACAAGUAUUCUGCCUCUCUCCACUCUUCUGACUCUUUGGAGACUUCAAGGGCUUCUUUCUGUCUUGAAAUCAGCUGUCAUCGCCGUUUACCCGCCGAAUUGCGGUGGAAGAUGUCGGCCGCCACCCGUUCAGGCCCGGUUGUAGCAGUUGCGAAACCAGAGCCCCUGAAGAUUAUCAUUUCAGGGGCUCCUGCAUCUGGCAAGGGAACACAAUGUGAGCUCAUCAAAAAGAAAUAUGGGCUGGUUCAUAUUGCUGCUGGAGAUUUGCUAAGAGCAGAAAUUGCAGCUGCAACUGAGAACGGGAAGCGUGCCAAAGAAUAUAUGGAGAAGGGAAUGUUGGUUCCUGAUGAAAUUGUUGUCACGAUGGUAAAGGAACGUCUUCUGCAACCAGACGCUCAAGAAAAUGGCUGGCUUUUAGAUGGAUACCCAAGAAGCUUAUCUCAGGCAACUGCUUUAGAAGAUCUGGGAAUCCGACCUGACCUUUUCAUUCUCCUGGAUGUUUCUGAAGGGAUACUUAUUGAGAGAGUGGUUGGUAGAAGGCUUGAUCCUCUUACUGGAAAAAUAUACCAUUUGAAGUACUCUCCUCCUGAGAAUGACGAAAUUGCUGCAAGACUUAUCCAACGGUUUGAUGACACGGAAGAAAAGGUAAAGUUGCGAUUGAAGACUCACCAUCAGAAUGUUGAAGCUGUCCUUUCAAUAUAUAAAGAUGUCAUGCUCAAGGUCAAUGGGGAUGCCCCUAUUGAAGAUGUAUUUGCUGAAAUAGACAAAGCAUUAUCUUCAAUUCUUGAGAAGAAAUCAAAAACAGAUUCAUCAUCCAUGGCUGCUGGAGCACCUCUUAAAAUGAAUGUAUUCAAAGAAAGUGUUUUUUCCUGGUGUAAUUGGCCCUGGAGCUGGCCCUAGAGUACCUUGAACGUUCCCUGCAAAUGGUGGUCUUUUAUGCAUGGCUUUCGUUGCAGCCGAGAUAAUGGCUGGAAAUCAGUUUCUAUAAUGUCAGGACUUAAGAACUAGCCUCCCCUUGGAAUCUCCUUGCACCAGAAUCUUCCCUACCCCAAGUUCCUUAGCCAGUUGCAGCUCCUUCUAGCUAAUGCUAAGGCCUGGCAUAUAAACUCCUCUGGUAGCCCAGUGGAGAUGAGAAGUGGGAGAAUUUUUGGCCAAGACUAGGAGUGCCUUGAAUGAGAAUGAGAUGUGGGAACUCUGUGCUCCAGAUCUAAAGAGAUCAACAUGUAAAUGGGUUUACAAGGUGUUGAAAGGGCCAGACAGGACAAUUUAUCCUUGGUGCCUUUGGUGAGCAAACCAUCUACAUUUAACUAAAGAGCUGCAUAAAAAAGAAAGCUGACCACAAGACAGAGCGAUAAUAGCAGCAGGUUCAUCAUCAAAUUGAAAACUUGCCUUUGUUUUCUCUCUUCAUUGUCACAGCACCCUGCCCCGGGACAGUGGAGGAAUAUGCGGAAGAAUAGAUAAGAGAGACUCUUUCUAAGCAGUUACGAGAUUAUAUUUAAAAUAGUGACUUCGAUGGGAUCGUUUCAUGAAGCCAAACUAUUAUGUCUACUAGUCAAUGAAGCUAUGUCUGUAAGCAGUGGAACAAAAUCUUUGGCUGAACGGAUAUGGGAAGCCUUUUUGUCCACUGACUGAAUGCAAGGCAUUCCAACCAAUGGACAGGAGUCAACUUGUAUUCCAUUCCCAUAAGAGGCAGUAGCAACCAGCUAGAGUUUUUGAGUCGGUAAUAAAUUUAGUAUAUCGUUCGCAGCCCUGUAUUCUGCAUGGUUGCCUUUUCCAUCUUCCCUUCUAUCAAAUAUAUUCUGGUGCUUUAUUUACCACUAGAUGUGCAAAUCUUAGCAUCAGAGGAAGUGAUAAAAAAUCUUUUAAAUAAGUUACAUGAGAUGGUCAAUGAGAUGAUAAAAUCUCCAUUGCUUUAAAGAAAGGAAUUUACUGACAUUCAGAUGCAUCGGAUCAGAGAAUUUGGAAAUCACUCGCCUUGUCUCAAUAUAAUUAUCUUGUCAACAUUCUGAACAGAUCACAUUACAUGAUGAAUACCUUAGCUCUACCCCUUGCCUU